GGGACGCGGCGUGCGUGGAGACCGUGUUCGGUGCUCAGGUUUUGCCGUCACAACCCGUCCCUCUGCGGAGCCCGGGUCCGCCGGGACGCGCGCCCGUGCGUGUGUGAGCGGGGCGUAGGGCAGAGGUGUCCCUUGGCCGUCUUUUUCACUCUUGUUUAUUUUGAGCCCUCUCCCCGCCGGGGCGGUUCUCGCGGCGUCUCCGGCCGGCUGCCGGUCGGAGCGGGCCGGCGUCCGGCCUGGUCCGGGUUGUUUUUCCUUUCGAACUUGCGCUCCCCCCCCCGCCCCCCCAUCUUUUUUCUUGUUUGACGCAUUUUCCUUUUUUCUGCUUUUUGGCCCAGUGCCUCCCUGGCUGUGGUCCUGACACAACCGCCUUCUGCCCCCUCUGUCGCCGCCCCCCCCUCCAGGGUCGCCCUCCUCCCCGCCCCGGGCCCGGGAGGGUGGGGAGCUGCCCCCGCCCGCCCGCCCGCGUCUCCGCAGCCGAGCCCGCACUGCCUCACUAUGAACGGGGUCAACGACCCGCCUCUAUUUAUAAAAGAUAUUAAGGCCGGACUGAAAAACUUAAAUGUCGUCUUUAUUGUCCUGGAGAUAGGACGCGUGACCAAGACCAAAGAUGGCCAUGAAGUGAGAUCGUGCAAAGUAGCUGAUAAAACGGGCAGCAUCACCAUCUCCGUGUGGGAUGAGGUCGGCAGCCUCAUACAGACAGGCGAUAUUAUACGGUUGACCCGAGGAUAUGCAUCUAUGUGGAAAGGAUGUCUGACGCUUUAUACUGGAAGGGGUGGUGAACUUCAAAAAAUUGGGGAAUUUUGUAUGGUUUAUUCAGAAGUACCAAAUUUCAGUGAGCCUAACCCAGAUUAUCGAGGACAGCAGAACCAAGGGGUACAUAAUGAGCAGAAGAAUAGUAAUAUGAAUACAGGUACAUUUGGACCAGUGGGAAAUGGUGUUCAAACUGGCCCCGAAUCAAGGGGAUACCAAAUUUCUUAUUCUGGUAGAAGCAAUGGCCGGGGACCGACCUAUCCACAGCUAUCAGGAGCAGCUAAUAAUCACACAGUCAUGACCACAAUAAGUAAUGGGAGGGAUCCUCGGAGAGCCUUUAAAAGAUGACCUAUGCCAAAAAGUCACAUGUAGUUUUUGAACUACGUGCCCUACUUGAACACUUAUUGCACUUUUAUUUAUCAUUAACUGUGAAAAAUAUGUCCUUUAUUACUUUUACAUUUUUGGUUUGUUAAGAAGAGUGGUUGGUUUUUAUAGCAAAACUGUUAAAAUACUCAAGUAUCCUAUUGAACAGUAAGAGCACUCUGAAAAGUAGGGGCAUUUAUUUUAGAGCAAGAAUUAUUGGAUAUCUUCUUUAAAAAAAUCUGUACCCAUGUUAAGGGUGAGUUACUUGAGAUAUCAAGCUUUAUAGCCUCUGUGAGUCUAUCUUCUGUAUAUGUUUUUGUAAUAUUUGACAAAGUUUAAUGGGGUAUAUUCUAGGUGUCUUAAAUUCAGGUAUUUGCCAACUAAAGCAAUAACCACCAAAAAUCAGAAACUUGAUCAAUGCUAAUAGCCAUUUUUGAGUGUUUGUGACUCCAGGAAUAACCGACUAUAUUGAGUGACUGCUAUUAAGAUUUUUCCUAGCCCUGAAUCAUUCAGAAUUCUUGUUGUAUUACCCCCAAACAAAUUUCUUUAUCAGAAUUAUGUAAUAAAAGUAAGAAAGUACAUUUACUUUCUGUAAUGUAGUACUCUUUAACAUUUGUUUUUAAAAUUGCAGAUUAUGUUGCAGGAAAAUUUAAAGCUAAGGCCUUAAAUACUAAGUUGAAAUUACCAUGUUAAAUAUUAAAAUGUAGUUUGGAGGAGUUGUAAAACCAUAAUAUAUAUAUUAAUCUGAUUAUUAAAAAAUAAUUGUAGAUAAAUAUAAUGAAAGUGAUUUACAUUGAAUCCAUGUAGCAGUAUGCAGUCUUAAGUUAUCCUGGUACUUACCUGGUACUCAGCCUUCAGUGGAAAUUCUAGGUAAUUGCCUUGGAGUUGUGUGUGUGCCAUAAUUUUGGAACUUGAUUGACACAGCAUUAUAAGCAAAAGUUACAUGACUCUCAAAGUGGAUUACAGCUUUAUUCAGAAAUGUUAAUGUGGAAUUUAUUUAUAUGUUAUAAAUGGUACCCAGUUUUACUUUUUACAAUAAGGGUGGAUAGCUAGUAAAUUUUUUCCUUUGUUGAAGUUCACAUCUUCUUUUGAAUAAAACUUGUGUUAAUGUUAACAGUUCUACCUAAUUUUUACUCUUUUUUUAUGACAACAAUGGAGAAACCUGUACAUCUUCUUGAGAUUGUAAUAACAUUAACUUGGAGACUUCUUACUUUUAUAUUUGUUGUUGUUGUUUUUUCACUUUUGUUUCUUUUUUUUUCCUACCUCAAAUCAAACAAUAAAGUCAUAGCAUUUUAAAAUU